AUGAAAUCUGAUAAUAAAUCGCAGACGCAGAGCAAUAAGUCUAGUACUUCUGUACAGGCUAACAACCGCAACGAUAUCGCGAUACAAACGUCACCAGCACUCUACGACAACAGUGAUGGCCUUCUCGGUCCGUCGAGCACGUCGCUCCAUCAGCAACACCAGCCACAUCAGGGCGUAUAUCUCAAUCGCAGCAACUCUCACGCAGACGGCCGCUCGCGCUCUGUAUCCUUCGCCAGCACAGCGGCACCAUCGCGUGUUUCACCAAAUGAUCCCUAUGCCGCGUUUAGAUCAAAGUCUACAAUAUCCUUAGCGCUGCCUACGGGUGAUGCUAUCGAGGUCGAGGAUGAGCCUGACCAGCUCCCAGAGCACAAGGAGAGUCGCGAGAAGACGCCGUCUCCCCAGCAGCCAUCGACGCGGAUACAGAUAUUUAAGAGGAUGUGCAUCAUCAAUCUUGUGGCUUUCUCUUUCGGUAUCGAUGCCACGCUUUGGCUGCCAAGUGUCUACAGCUUCAUUCUCACAGUGCGUCCGAACGACGCGGACAAAUAUCUCGCUGUGACACAGGCUGUCAGCGCACUCGCGCAGCUCAUAGUCUCCCUCAGCAUCGGUGUCUUUGCAGCAAAAGUGCGCUCGCUGAAAUGGACCAUCGUCGUCUGUAUCUCGCUAUCGUUCGCUGGUAACUUCCUCUAUUCGUGCGCAGGUGUCGGUGCGAUUGGCAAUGUAGGGGCGAUUAUAGGCGGUAGGAUUCUCUGCGGUGUGGCUUCCGGCAGCUCUGGUCUCGCGAUGGGUUUUAUCGCCAUUUCCACAGCCAACGUCGAUAGACUGGAGGCGCUUUCGCAGUACAGAACGUAUGCGGGUAUAGCGCUAGUGCUCGGUCCUGCUCUCAACGCCCUCUUCGGUCUGAUCGAUGUCCAGAUUGGGAACUACCAGGUCAACGAGAACAACGCACCGACAUACUGUUCUUCGUUUAUCAUGGCCUUUCUCUCAAUCCUACUCGCAGUCUUCCUCAGCAACAAGACUAAACCAGCUCCGAACCCGAUCUUACCUGCUAUCGAGUUCUUCAGGAGAGGCCACUACGGACCAUCGCUGAUCAUCCUCUGUUCCAUGCUCAGCAGCUCUUAUGUCUCCGCUCUCAUCCUUUACGUACUCCCAGACCGUCUCAGCAGUUUCUGGGGCUUCAGCACGGGUGUGCAGGCUGGAUUGCAAACAGCAGUCUAUGCAGCAGGCUUAAUUGGUAGUCUGCUCAGCUCGUACAUUCGUGACGGACUAGGACGACUUGUCCUCAAGAUCACCUCAUGGAAGGUGGGCGUCGAUCGAGUAACGCUUCUCGAGCGCGCCAAGACAGACGGCGGCGUGAGCGCCGGUGCGCCUCUCUAUACGGGUAUUGGACUGGAGAUUCUACUUGGUAUUGUAUCCUUCAUGUGGGUCAGUCUAGGGUUAAUAGCGAUGAUGAUCUCGUUCGGAUGCGAUUUCGCUUAUGACAGCUCACAAGCGGGCACUGCAGCAGGAUUUCUUAUCGGAUGUGCUAUCGUUAUGGUUGGAUAUAACAUCCAAGCAGCCGUCCUGCCCACUCUGUUCUCCAAAUCACUGCCAAAUGACCUCAGAGUCAGUCUCACCCCAUGGUACGGCGCUACGGUGGCCAUGGGCAAGAUUCUCGCACCGCUUAUCACGGAGGCUAUCACUGGUGCUACACCUACUGGCGGUCGCACGGGUGGGAACCAGCUCGGCGGAUAUGCGUUGGCACUGGGCGUUAGCGCUAUAGGUGUAGUAACUACCUAUUGGGUGAAAUAUCACCUGUCGCAUGCUACAGCGUCGUAA